CGUCGCGGGCGCGCCAUGCCCGCCGCCGCCGCCGCCGCCGCCAUGUCGCCGCUCGCCCGCUCGCUGCUCGCGCUCGGCGCGCUGCUCGCCGCCGCCGACGCGCAUGUAUGGCUGAUGGAAAAUGCCCGUCCAGGUUGCGCGGGAUUCAGAAUUGCGAUUCGCCGGUAUGACGGAAAUCCCAUGGAAGACAUCAGUUUCGAACUCAGAGCCACAAAGACGGGUAGCGGAGCACUCCAUGAUAUACCCGAUUACUGCGCAAAAUAUGGUGUAGCAAUACAAUACCAGACCGUGGAAGUGUGCAACGAUUACGAAGGCCCGACCUCAGCACCCCGGAAGCCUCCGAAGGUCCAUCCGUUGGGCGAAGACACCAUGUCCCCGGUGUAUGCGACCUGUAAGGGUAUCGAAUGUGGACCUCUCGUCUUCUAUGUUACCCAGAGAUGCGUUCCCUAACACAAAAAAUGCACAAAAAUAAUGUUUAAAAGUGUC